GCCGCCGUUUCUCUCCGCACUCUCUCUCUUCGGAGAAAUUUCAAAAAAAUAAAAAUAAAAAGGCGAAGAAAAAUUCGUUCGAUCGAUUCCAGCAAAUCGGCACGCUUUCGCGACCAUCAGAAAGCAAUAUUUUUCUUUAAUUUCUUGGAAUUUUUGAAUUCUUUGGAGCUCGAAGUUCAAAAAAAAAGCGAGGGAUUCGGACUUCGGAGGACAAUCUAACGUUUUCGGGGGCUUUGGUCUGAGUCCGUGAGUAGCAAGCAGAAGAGAGCAAGCUUCGAGGGGUUCUGCUACCCUGCUGAUUGAAGCUUUUGAGGAAAGAAAAGUGUUUAACUUGCCUUUUGGAAGAUACCUUCUGUGACCCACAUGAGCAUAAAUCUGCAAGUUUUCAGAAAUGAGGAAGUUCUUUUCUUUUAGAGCUUCAGCAUCCAGCAGUGCAAACAGCAACCCAACACCUACGGUUCCUCCAUCUUCCAGCAAGGAGAACAUCUAUUGGGAGACACCACGGCAGAAUGAUGGAAAAAUUCCAGUGGGUGAAAAGAUUCGGGAUGGCUCUCAAAUGCUCAAGGAUUCGGCUUUUAAACCAGUGAAUCGAUACCCAGAAUGUGAGGUUAUGCCUUGUUCGCAUCAUAGAAGAGACCCUUCAUUUUGCUCUGCAAUUCAUAGUAGUACAGGAGAAGGAAAUAUGUAUUGCUUAAGCAAUUUAAGCAGAUCGCCAUCUGCUUAUGGCAGUUCACCCUAUCAUGUCACUGAAUGCCAUGCCCACUUGGAUCCCCAGACUCCGGAAGGGUGUACACAACCUAAAGGUGGUGGUCGGUCUGCGGUUCAUCAUUUGCAUGGUGUUGAAAAAUUAGAUUCUCCUUGUUCAUCCAGACAUUGGCAAUGUUCAUCAGGAAAUUCACCUUUCAACUCUCCAAUUCCACUGAGAUGCAGGACUGCUCGCCUAACUCAGGUUUUAGAUAGAAACGGAAUUCUAGACCGCUACGUUGAUGGGGAGAUUCAGGAUAUCAAAUCCCAGAAAGAUUCUCAGAAAUAUGUUCUCGAUACUGAAAAUGAUUGUAGUAUGUCAGAGAAUAGAGUAUUUCCCAGCUCAGGAAGGCCACCACAGGUUCAGUCUACAGCACCAUCUUCACCAUCAUAUUGCAAAGAUCACCUUAGAACCCACUUAUUUCGGGAGGUAAAAGAUGUCCAUCGACACCUUUCUGCACGAGAUUGGACAAGAGAUGAUCUCAGGCCAGCAUCCCCAAAGAGGCACAUGAAAAAGACUCAAGAGAAUUCAUUGCUUGCAUUGCAUGAGAAAUCUAUGAUGAAGUCUCAAGAUUAUGACUCUGAAACUAUUACAACAAUUGAAGAUAUUUAUGAGGAUUCAUCAGAACCACUGCCCUCUUUGACUUUAAAUGACAUUGGCCAACAUUGUUCUACUGAUUGCACUCCACCUUUUGAGAAUUUUAACAACUGUUGUAGUAAGGAGUGGUUGGGUUUUCAAAGUCAAAAUUCUUUUCCCAAAAAUGGUUCAAUGGACACUAAAAAUGAUAAAGGCACAAGUUCUGUGCUAUUGGAAUGGGAUAUAGAUGAAGAGUUACUUAAAAAGGUGAAGGAGGUAGAACAAAUGAUCAUGCUUCUAUCAGAGGAAGAUUUUGAGCUGGAAGAACUUCAGAACCGCAGUUUGAAUGUGCCAUCAUUGCUUCAGACUAUUAGGAAUAUUACUGAAGAGAGGAAAAACUUGGCAGUUGAGCUCUUAUCACAAAUAAAGUUCCGGCUUGUAGAGAGAUCAUCUACAAAAGAGGGAUUGAAACAUGCUAAGUUAGAACUAGACAUUCGAACUAGGAGGUUGGAAAAGGAGAAGAAUGAACUGCAAUCAAGUUUAGAGAAAGAAUUGGACCGAAGGUCCGGCGACUGGUCCACGAAGCUUGAAAAGUUUCAAUCUGAAGAACAGAGGCUUCGGGAACGGGUAAGGGAACUGGCAGAGCAAAAUGUGUCUCUUCAGAGGGAAAUAUCUUCACUUAAAGGUUCUGAAGUGGAUACUAGAAAUAGGAUUAUGAAUUCUGAAAUGCAAGUAAAUGAUCUGACAGCUAGUUUGGAGCAAGUGAAGACAGAGAAUCACAAGCUCCAUCAAGGCUCAUCUAAAUUGCAGGAACAAUUAAAUGGCGCAGAAGAGGAUCGAGAUUUUAUCAGAAGAAGCUACAAGGAGAAAGAGAGGGAGAACAAGGAACUGCAGAAAGUGGUUGUACGGUUGCAAAGGGUCUGCAAUGAACAAGAUAAGACAAUUAAUGGUUUGAGACAGAGCUAUAAUGAUGAGACUGGAAAGCAAUCUGUAGAGAGAGAUGAUCGUGUAAGUAGGUUGCAGAUGGAGCAAUUACGUCUGACAGGUGUGGAACAGAACCUGAGGAAGGAGGUAGAGUCUCUCAGGCAUGAGCUGGAAUCCCUUAGGCAUGAAAACAUGGGCCUCUUGAGUCGCCUGCAAGCUACUGGAAAUGGCUAUGGGUUCUCAGCAAUUAAGCUUGACCAGGAGCUUUGUGCCCAGGUAGAUUUCUUGCAGAAUAAGGGCUUUUCCUUGCUCCAUGAUUUUGAUCACUUUAGUGGUGAGCUAUUGGGCUUUAUAAAUCGUAAGAAGUAUGAACAUGGCCAAGAAGCUAAUGAUGAUCAAUAUUCAUUUGCUGACUGCACUGUGAAAUAUCAGAGUUUAAGGAGGGGGCAUGAAAACUUUAGAAGAAGUUUGCAAACAAUAGCAGCAAUAUUAGUCGAGAAGUCCAGUUCACAAGCAUUGGAUUGUCAGCCAGAGACUACAGAAGGUGACGGGUCAAAACAUUCAAAGGAUGAAUUAGAACUUGAAUUGAAGGCAGAGACUAUGGUAACGAGAGUACUGCGAGAGAAACUAUGCUAUAAAGAACUGGAACUUGAUCAACUACAGGCAGAGAUGGCUUCUUCAAUAAGGGUUCAUGAUGUCUUGCAAACUGAGAUUCAGAGGCUGCAGGAUGAACUAUCCUGUCUCACCCACAAGAUGAAGGAUAUGGAGCUUCAGAUGCUGAAGAAAAAUGAAAGCAUCAACCAGCUCCAGCAUGACCUUCAAGAGUGCACGAAGGAACUGACUGCAACACGCAAUAUACUUAUGAAAAUUUCUGAGGAGAGGGACCAUAUGUGGGAGGAAGUGAAGCGUUCAAGAGAGGAAGUUAUGCUUCUGAAUCACGAGGUUCUUUUUCUUAAAAAGAAAAUUGAAGAACUUGACGAAGAGGUUCUCACCAAAGAGGGGCAGAUUGCUAUCCUGAAAGACAGCCUUGGCGACAAGCCAUUUGACAUCCUCGGUAGUCCUAGAUCAGUGAAAGAAUUUUCACUGGAAUGAGUAAAAAUGAGAUGAAGACUGAUGAAUGUUCCAUUUGCUGGGAUUGUUGUUCUAGGCUUCUUGCUGCUUAAAUCAAAUAUCAGAAGAAAUCUCUCAGAGUUUGACUGUCAUGCUGGAUGAACAAACAUUGUUGCUAGAAAACAAAUAGUACUUUUUUUGUAUAUAUAUUUUUUUAGGUAUGCUUUUCCAUUUUUUUCAUUGAUUGAACUCAUAUAGAGUAAGUUUAUUGGUGAACAGAUUUUUUUUUUUCCCCUCUAGUUUCUUUUAUAGGUAUCCAAAGGUUUAAGGGGGGACAUUAUUGAUACAGGAAAGCAGGUGUUAUUUGAUAUUUUCUGUACAUAUAUGAGGUUGCAAUCAAACUUUAUGCAAUAAAACUUGUCUCACUGAAUUA